UUGUGUCGCACGUGCACGUGUUCAUCAAUUUCAUCAUUCAACGAAUCAUCAUCAUCAUAUCAAUAUGGCAAUCAUUUCAUCUAAAUUCAAGCGUUUAAUCGAUACUAAUCGUUUUGCCUUAUAUACGGUAUUUGCUGUAUUAACAGGUGUAUUUUUUGCUCAAAUCAUUAAAGGAUUUUUACGUACCGAACCGAAUGGCAAAAUUGAUCAUCAAUUAUUACGAUAUUUAUCGUUACCCGGUGUAAUUUAUAUGCGUUCAUUCAUAUUGAUUAUUGCACCAUUAUUGGUUACAUCAUUAUCGUUAAGUUUUUUGCCAAUAAAAUCUGAGAAUCCAUUCGAUAAAUUACGAAGAUUUAAUGAUCAAAAACAGAAACAACAACAAAGGAGGCAACAAACGAAAAAGAAGACGGCAAAAUUGGAUGCACAAAAAUUAAUUAUCGUCACAUUUAUUGUAUUCGGUGCAUUUUCAUUGCUUGCCUCAAUAUUUGGUGCAUGUCUUAUGCUUACAUUCGGUUCAUUUGCAUCACCAUACAGUACUGAUCAUGAUAAUGAUGAUGAUGCCGAUGAAUUUUUAGCCAUGAAUCAAACAAUACCUGAUGUUUCGGAUGAAAAUAUCCGAAAUCAAAAACAUUACAUAAUUCAUAAAUAUUAUCAACAUGAUACUAUUUAUAAUAGUUUUUUAAAUAUUUUUCCCGAUAAUAUGAUUACACCAUUUUUUAUUUCAUCAUAUUCAAAAACAAAAAUUCUAUGGCCAGCCAAUCUAUCAACAUUGCUGGAUCCAAAUUAUUAUAUUGAAACGCAGAAUGAAAAAUUAAUCAAUUAUAAAGCAAAUAUGUUAUCACUUUGUAUAAUAUCACUUUGUUUAGGUGUUAUUCUGCAGAAAUUAGGCUCAGAUCGUACAAAACGUAUUCGAGCAUUAUUAUAUGAAGCCGAUACAAUUAUCCAUUAUGUUAUGCAAUUUCUAAUGAAAUUAUUACCAAUCGGUAUGUUUUGUUGGAUGUUUGCUGAAUCAUUGAAAAUGGCAUCAUUAUCGGAAAUGGCUUUAAAAUUGGCUUAUUUCUAUCUGAUCGCCGUAGGUGCAUUCAUGUUCUGGUUAUUCGUUUUCUAUCCUGUUGUGUACAUCAUAUUCACCAGAGAAAAUCCCUUUAAAUUGUAUAAAAAUAUUCUUUCAGCCAUUGUCAUUGCAUUUGGUUCAUGUUCAAGUGCAAUAACAUUACCGGAAACGAUGAGAUGUAUGCGAAAGAAUUGUCAACUUUCAAAUCGUAUAUGUCAAACAGUUUUACCAUUAGGUAUGACAUUACAUAUGAAUGGUCCGGCAAUGUAUUUUCCAAUGACGGCAAUUUUUGUUGCCUACAUCAAUCGAACACCGGUUGGUUUCUAUUCAGUCAUUGUACUAUGUUUAUUUGCCGUUAUAAUGUCGAUGGGUGUACCACCCGUCAUUGGAACCGGUACAACCAUGUUAAAUCAUAUGGCCGUUGCAUCUGUUUUAGGUGUAGAUAAUCCACAGGAUAUUCUUGCCUAUGUUUUAGCAUUUGAAUGGAUGAUGGAACGUAUUCGAACCAGUACGAAUAUAAUUGGCGAUUGUUUUGCAGCCAAAUGUAUUGAAAGAAUAUUGAAUAUACAAGAUGAUGAAUUGGAUGAUGAAAAUUAUUUGGAAGUAGAAAGUGAAGAAAAAUUGUAAAAAAAAAUUCCACUAUA